AUGAAGGCAUAUCAGUGGCUCGUAGUCUUGGCAAUUCGUGCCUUUGCAGCCCCUUUGGUCACAAGUCCGCAUUUUUCUGAACAAAGGGUUGUCCGGAGCUCUGACGAUUUCCAAAAUAGUUCUGCUCUUGCGGGCAAAACUUGUUUCCACGUUUCCCCGGAUCACAGCGAGACACUGAACACGCGAGACUUGGUUCUACGGGGAGCCAUUCUGAAGCGUCUAGCAACCCCAAAGCACGCGGCAUCACGUCCGACAAAGCUUCCGGGUAAAGAGGAGCACUCAGUCAUAUCUGCAGAAGAGGCGUCCAGGAUGAAGUUGCCCGGCGGUGGCAGGCCAGGUGUUUUCUACCGCGGCGACUCUCGCCCCCCGACCGAAGUUUUUGAGUCGGGGUUCGUGCCCAGAGGUCAUGACCUGAGCCUGCGUCGUCACCUGAGCUUUGCGGGCGACUCGGGACUGGUAUCCCUCACCCGAUCGCGCAGAUCGGCGGAAAGAUACGCGUUUGGCCGGACGGGGGCAAAGACGGGCAGGGGCUAUGUGUAUGUCGUGUCUCCCACCGACGUGCCCGAUGGAUACUGGGUGCCUGGGAUCUUCCCGCCGGACAAGAAUCCUGCAGUUGGCUAUAACCAGGAAUUUGCUGCGACUGGUCCUGUUCCCGGCUCGAGUAUAUCCCACGCCUACGAGGUCUACGGGGACAAUCCGUCAGACAGGUCUCGGAGGAUUGACAACGAAAACUACGCCCUGAUGGAUUACCCCGGGUGCCUCACCAUGAAGAGGAGCGUGGUCAUCUGUGAUCCGGCCAAACCCAUGGAUGACGAGUUGGUGAUAAUAAAAUCCGCCUAUCCGGGCAGGCUUGGGCGACUGCAACUGCCGGGUUCUACAAGUAUAGGAGCACCUGGGGCCUCACUGAAAAUGCCAGGCCGUCCAGCAGGCGGCAAGGUCCGCAGCAGCAGCGCAACCAGCCUUUCAAAGCCCACGACAAAGAUUGCGACCAAACCCCGGCCAGCCGGUCAGUUGGGUUUCGUGGCAACCAUCUCGUUGCUAGGACCUUUCGCGCAUAAUGCACUCAACGCACUGAAAAAUUGGGAUCACCCUAUAGGCCGUGGCGUGGCAUGGUUUGACGACGCAAUCAACAGCCUCCAGGAGUCCAUCGGAGGCAAGCAGGUGCCCGAGAUUCACGGAAACGAGCUCAAGCUCAGAAUGAUCUGCUGGCUCAGAGGACAGCCAAGGUUUCCGAGUCCUGUGGACAGAGCCUGCCAACGGCUACGAGAGAAGGAUGCCGGGCGGACGGAGCAGGACAAGGAGAGGGAUUGGCAGACGGGACUGGCCCAGCUCCGGGAGGCUUGUGGAAAGGCUGCCAUGACGCCGCCGGCCGACGACGGCUUGCGGGAUGCCGUUUUCAAGCACUGCGAGGCCCUUGAAGACGGCAUUCUGCGGCUGAACGAGGCAAGGACCCGGCUCAUCGCCCACCGCGAGCAGUUUCGGGAAAAGGUGAAUGCGGGCGGCCAGGUCGAGCCGGAGGAUAUCGACGAGGCGGCCGAAUACAUUUCCAACGGCGCCUUUCCGUCGUUCCCAAACGACGACGGGGACAAGGUCCGCGAGCUGGCCGCCUGGUACAUGGGCGACGUGAAGCCGGAAAAUAAGGACAUGACGCCGGGACCAGAAUCCAAACACGGCCAGUCUGCGCCUGUUGAUCCACCGGCCUGGGUGGCCGCAUCUCGAGUCAUGGCAAAGGCUAUCCCCUUGGAUGGAGCAGUCGGCAGGGAGGCGUUCAACCUUGUAGAUCGCGGGCCAUAUGCAGGUUUAUUCAACGAGGCGGCCCCGAGCAGUAACGAGACUUGCUACUCGCCCGCUGGUCUUGUGAGUGCCCAGCCGGGCGAAAUCUGGGACAGGAUCUCUGCUGCGCUGGUCUACAUUGAGCAGAACCUGGUGGGGGAAAAGAAGAAAAUCUGCAAGGGGUGCUACGGGGGGAACGAUCAAUGGGACUUGGCAUGUGGUUCGGCGACUGCUUGA